CAACAGUCCAUCUGGGAGCAGGAGCGCGUCCCGCUCUGGAUCAAGCCCUACAAGAUCCUGGUGAUCUCUGCUGACAGUGGGAUGAUCGAGCCCGUGGUGAACGCCGUGUCCAUCCACCAGAUCAAGAAGCAAUCCCUGCUCUCCCUGCUGGAUUAUUUCCUGCAGGAGCACGGGAGCUACAACACUGAGUCCUUCCUGACUGCCCAGAGGAACUUCGUGCAGAGCUGCGCCGGGUACUGCCUGGUCUGUUACCUCCUGCAGGUCAAGGACAGGCACAAUGGGAACAUCUUGCUGGAUGCAGAUGGACACAUCAUCCACAUCGAUUUCGGGUUCAUCCUCUCCAGCUCCCCCAGGAAUCUUGGCUUUGAGACAUCUGCCUUCAAACUCACCACGGAAUUCGUGGAUGUGAUGGGAGGGCUGGGCGGGGACAUGUUCAACUACUACAAGAUGCUGAUGCUCCAGGGCCUCAUCGCCGCCCGCAAGCACAUGGAUAAGGUCGUGCAGAUUGUGGAGAUCAUGCAGCAAG